AUGUUUUGAUCUUGUUUUGUUAAUGCUUUCGAAAAAAAACAUAUGAAAGUUUUUUUUGUUUGUUUUGAAUUUCAAAUUUGUCUCUUCAAUUUGAUCGUGUGAUUAAAAAACAACAUUGGAAUUAUCUUGAAAAACUUGUACCUUUAAAAUUAGAACAUUAAUCCGGUUAUGCAUAGGAAAGAUGACGAAAGCCACCAAAAAUUCACAACAAAUACUCAUCAUCAAACGCCACCAUCUUUUCGAUCAUUCACUUUUCGGCUGAACAAUCUGAACACACAAAUUCCAUUGAUAUCAAUUCAUUCGAUCGUGAUUCCACGUUUUUCUGUUAAAUUCCCAUUCCGAUCAGAACAAAAAAUGAAACCGAUGGUUCAUUGUGAUAAAAAUAAUGGCCAUGAAAUUGAAUAUUUACUCAUGUUGCCGUCUGAGCAGUCUAUUCUUAAUGAAAAUGGUGAUAUAUCAUCGAUAACAUCACUUGGUUCAAAUGAAACAGAAAAAUUUCUUGUCCAAUACCUCAGCGAACAUCCGAUGCUCAAAUCCUUUUUGGUCGGUUCAUUAAGUGGGACAUGUUCAACACUUUUGUUUCAACCAUUCGAUUUGCUUAAAACCAGAGUUCAAAAUGCUCACUUAUCAUCAUUGGCAAUUAGUCGCAACCAAAGUGUUUCUUCAUCCGCGAUGCCAUCAACUCGAUUAGUUACGGUCACGUUCGAAACGAUCAAAAAUGAACAGUUUAUUGGUUUGUGGCGAGGUACAGCACCGUCACUUCUUCGUUGUGUUCCUGGUAUUGGUAUUCAUUUCUGUUGUUUGGACACUUUACAAAGUCAUUUUUGUCCAAAUCAUCGACCAUCUGCCAUUGAGGCAAUGACAUUUGGCAUGAUGUCCCGUAGUAUUGCAGCUGUAUUACUCAUACCGGUUACGGUAGUCAAAGCACGCUAUGAAAGUGGUGUGUACGCCUAUCAAAGUAUCAUUGAUGCAUUAAGACAUACAUAUCGUAAUGAAGGUCUUCGUGGAUUAAAAUCCGGCCUAUUGCCAACCUUAAUGCGAGAUGUUCCAUACUCAGGCUUAUACUAUAUGUUCUAUUCACAAUUAAAAAAUUUCAUGAUAACCAAAAACGCCGAAGAAAUUCAGCGCAAUUCACAACAGUAUUCGAAGAUCAUUUCAUCAUCAUCCAUUACAUUCGCAUGUGGUGUUACGGCUGGGCUUUUUGCAUCUGCUGUAACGCAACCGAUGGACGUGGUCAAAACUCGAAUGCAAGUUAAUACGAAACAAUAUCCAUCGUUUCUGAAAACAACUCUAUCCAUUGUGAAAGAAGAAAAGAUGCGCGGUCUUUUUGCUGGUCUUGUUCCACGAAUGAUGCGUCGAACAUUGAUGGCUUCAAUGGCUUGGACUGUAUAUGAACAAAUGAUGCGAAACUUAUGCCUCAAAUGACAUCUGAAUAUUUUGUUUGCCAAAAUUAUUUAUUCAAUUUAAAAAAUUAAUCCAAAUCCAAAAUUAGUAUAUAAUCAUUUCGGAAUUUCGAUCCAAAACACCAGAUAAUUGCUGCUUUUGAUAUAAGUUAAUGACGUUGGUCGAAUUUACGAUUUGAACUUGGUUGAUGACUUGUCAAAGUGACU